AUGAAGAAAGAGGGCACGAUCAUGGACAUCUUCACCAACCUCACCUCUGAAGGCCCGCCGUUCCCGCCGCGCUUCGCGGACCUGAAGAAGGAGAUAUGCACCGACCCGGAGGCUAUUACCCAGAGCUGGCGGAGCGUGCUGCGGGAGCUCGAGGGCGCGACACGGGAGAUCGAGCAGCGUGGUUCCGAGAUGAUUUUGCAGGUGCCGUACUCGGAUGUCGAGAAGGGGUUGUCGGAGGAACAGCUGAAGACGCUGAAGAAGACGGGCGUGUUGAUUGUCAAGGGAGGUGUCCCUAAGGAGGAAGCCCUGGCUUGGAAGCAGUCUAUCAGGGACUAUGUUGCCGCGAACCAGGACAAAGUCAGAGGAUCCCCGCCCCCUCCUGAGGCUAUCGUCUUCUACGAGCUCUACAACACUAAAGCGCAGGUCCUUGCUCGCACCCACCCUGCGCUUAUCGCGACGCAGAAGUACCUGCUGUCGCUCUGGCACACAUCUGACCCGAACUCACUCAUCAGCGUACGCACUCCGGUCUCAUAUUUCGACCGCCUCCGCAUCCGGCCCCCAGGUCCCAGCGUAUUCACGCUCGGUCCGCAUAUCGACGGCGGGAGCAUCGAGCGUUGGGAGGACCCCGGUUUCCGUGCGUGCUUCCAGCACAUCCUUGAGGGCGGUGAGGCCUGGCGCAAAUUUGACCCGUUCGAUGUCUCGCCCCGCCUUACUGCCAAUCAGGAUCUAUACAACGCCUCCAACCAGUGCUCGAUCUUCCGCCCGUGGCAGGGGUGGACGGCGCUGUCAAGCACCGGGCCCGGUGAAGGAACCCUGCGCGUCCUCCCGAUGCUGUCGCUCACCACGGCAUACCUUAUCCUGCGCCCGUUCUUCCGCCUGCGCUCGGAAUAUGCCGUUGGCGUGACAAAGCCGUCCGACAUACCGCUGGAUGCGGACGCGUGGGUGCUCGACCUCGACAACCCGACCUUCCCAGGGAGCCAGCCAGGGAAGACCCAGGCGAUAAAUGCAGAGGCCCACCCCCAUCUGCGCGUCGAGCAGACUGUCGUGUCUAUUCCCAGGGUGGAACCCGGGGACCAGGUAUACUGGCACACGGACGUCGUCCACGCGGUCGAGAGCGAGCACAACGGGAAAGCGGACUCUUCCGUGCUCUACAUCCCCGCCGUGCCGCUCACCGAGCGGAACGCGGCCUACUUGCGCGACCAGCGCGCCACAUUCCUGCAAGGCCUCCCGUCUCCCGACUUCCCGGGCGGCGAAGGCGAAUCGCGCUUUGUGGGCCGCUGCGGCCUGGAAGACAUCGCCAGCCCAGAUGGCCGCCGCGUGCUUGGAUUUGAACCGUUCGGCGAGAAGACCUUCCUGAACGACGGAGAGCGCGAAGUGAUUGCGGCGGCAAACGAGAUUCUUGGGUUCUGA